GGUCGAGAUUGCGAUAUUGUGACAGAGAACACCAGUGACAUAAAAGCGGCCAUGGACAUCAGGCAAGCCACAAUCGAUGACCUGCUGGGCAUGCAGAAUGCCAACCUGCUCAACUUGCCCGAGAACUACACGUUCAAGUACUACCUCUACCACGCCCUCACUUGGCCCGAGCUCUCUUAUGUCGCUGUCGACCCGGCCGGCCGCAUCGUCGGCUACAUUCUCGCCAAGAUGGCAGAAGAGCCGUCGUCCGAGGCGAGCGGGCACGUGACGUCCAUCUCAGUGCUGCGGCCGUAUCGCCGUCUCGGGCUGGCGAACAGGCUGAUGAAGCAAUCGCAACAGGCCAUGGUCGCACACUACAACGCAGCGUACAUCACGCUACACGUGCGCAAGUCGAAUCGCGCCGCCAUCUCGCUCUACCGCGACGCCCUUGGCUUCGAAGUCCACGCGAUGGAGAAGGGCUACUACGCCGACGGCGAGGACGCGUACGGCAUGCGCUUCGUGUUCAAGCCCAAGGACGAGGCCGCGUAAUGCUAUACCCUGCAUGUAUUCUUAUCUCCCCCACACUACGCUCUAUGCACUCCGCACACCCGACUGGUCG